AUGAACCUAGACGGGUUCGAGUUCUGUACAGGUGUGGAGCCUGCUGCCUCAGAUGGAAGUACAGAUGAUAUCAAAAACAAGAAAGAAGAUGGAAAAGCGGUGCAGAGCCUUCCUGGCGGCCUCAAGCUUUGUUGUGUUCUGGCGAUGGCAAUCCUCCUCUUGGCUUUGCUUCCCAUGGCUGAGCUGGAUCCCAGAUUCCCAGAUGCUUCCAAGGGCUUAGCAGUCCUCAUGGUCACGGCAUUGUUCUGGAUCUCAGAAGUGAUGCCGCUUUCGAUCAGCAGCCUGCUUCCGAUGGGCCUUUACCCCCUGCUUGGGGUUGUCAAGGCAUCUGCCUUGGCUCGGAAGUUCUUUUCUGGCACAUCUUUCCUGUUCAUUGCCGGCUUCUUGCUGGGUCUCGCCAUUGAGCGAUGGAACUUGCACACCCGCUUCGUUCGCAUCGCGCUGUCGCAGAUUGGAAAUCGUAUACAGUUCUAUCUUGCUGCGUUUAUGCUCACUACAUGGCUUCUCAGCAUGUGGAUCUCCAACACAGCCACAAUGCUGUGCAUCAUGCCGGUAAUGAAGGCUUUCCUUUCAUCGCUGGAGGGUGGACAUCCAUCGUUCCAUAGCACUAUGCUUCUAGCUGUAGGCUACUCUGCGACUGUGGGCGGGUUGUCAACUCCCGUGGGCACCCCCACCAACGGUAUUUUCAUGGCAAUGUUCCAAGAGUUCUGGCCAGAUGAGGAUGAGUUUUCUUUUGCAAGAUUUUGCUUGGUAGCCCUGCCCUUGUCAGUAUUGCUUCUGCUAUGUGUAUAUGUUUUGACCUGCAUUGUCUAUGCGUGCAGUGGCGCACGUAUUGUCGUUAACCGCGAAGCUUUCCUGGGCACGCAGCAGCUGGGCAAAAUCACCUUCGAGGAGAUGGUGGUUAGCUUCAACAUGAUGUGCCUGGUGAUCCUGUGGUUCACUGCAUCUAGAAUCGACACGUUUCCUGGAUGGAAAAAAUGGGUGUCGACAGAUCUCGACAGCGGGUCCAUCGGCCUUUUGCUGACACUUCCGUUCUUUCUGAUACCUUGUGGUCGUUGGCUGCCUUCUGCCUUGAGACGUGCUCUUGGUGAAGAUCGCUGCCAAUCGGUUUGCAAGGGCCCCAGCCCCAACUACAUUUUGGACUGGGAGAGCGUAAAGAGGGAUUUCAGUUGGGAGAUCCUUUUUGUCUUCGGUGGCGGAGCACUCGUGGCUCAUGGUACCGUGGAAAGUGGCUUGGCACAGGUAAUUGCCAAGGCUCUUGAGAACCUGGGCCUCAACAUCUUCAUUUUCAAUCUUGUUGUGGUGACAGUGAUCUGCUUUGUGACAGAAGUGGUUUCCAACAUGUCCACGUUGAACAUCUUCGGUCCAAUUAUGGCCACUGCUGCCCAGCACAUGGGCAGCAGUCCUGUUCAGCUUCUUUUGGGUGUGUCCUUCGCCUCAUCUUUUGCUUUCAUGCUGCCGGAGUCGCCGUCAUCACGGAUGGAUCUUGCUUCGCCAUCGCAGCUUCUGCGGAAGUCGAACUCGCGCACCAUCUCUGCUGUUCAGGUGGUAGUCCGCUUCCGGCCCCCGGUCAUGGAUGACGAGCAACAGGACUCCAUCUCCUUCUCCAUCCACCCAAAUGGAAGAAGCGUCUCUUCAGCAGACAGUGCUUACGUCUUUGACUUCAACAAGGCCUUUGGAGAGGCUGCAACGCAAGACGACAUUUUUGAAGCUGUCGGCAAGCCGAUUGUCUCGGACGUUCUCAGCGGAUACAAUGGCACAAUCCUCGCGUAUGGACAGACUUCUUCCGGCAAGACGCACAGUAUGUAUGGUCCCGGGAAUGUUGCAAUUGACAGUGUCCCGCCAGACUUACAAGGUAUCGUGCCAAAAGCCUCGCGCUUCGUGUUCGAUCACAUCGAAGCGAGUGUCGACUAUGACACGGAGAUCACAUUGCGCUGCAGCUUCAUGGAGUUUUCUUCCGGCUGCCAUGUCUACAUGGCUCCGCGACCGCCUCAGGACAUCUUCGAGGUGCCGGGAGGUCGCGAGCUGCCGAACAAGUCACACUUCUUUGUUCAGGCGCUUGCUGCGGGGCCCAGGCGUCAGCCCUACUGCCCGAGCGUCUACGGAGAGGAUGUGAGAUCGUCUUCGCCCACCGGAGCCACGCUGCUUCCGAGGAGGCCCUCGACUUCGGAUUCCACCACGGACAAGGUGGCGCAGAUGAGAUCCCGCAUUUUGUCCCUCAAGGAGCUCAGAACGCAAACCGAGGGCGAUUCGCAAACCGAGGGCGAUUCGCAUGCGCCAGAGGAGCCGAAGUGUUUCCAGAUUCAAGCUUGCGCGAGGCCGGCAGCCUCUGCUCAGCCGCAGGAGAGGCUGGCUUCCAUCAUGAGCUUCCUGGACGAAGUUGAGGAGUCCUCGAAAGCCGAUAUCUCCUCGAUUAUCUUGUCAACUCGUUCAUCCCGAAGCGCAGGCGAAAACGAAGUCCCAAGGUCUCUCGUUCCAUCAGGCCUGACUCAGGAUGCGACAGCAGUGCAAUCCAGAGCCUCGAUGCUGGAGGUGGAAGUUCAAGACAAGAAGCAUAUCAUCGACUCUCUCAAGAGGGCACUCCACGAGUCUCAGGAACGUGAGAAGGAGAAGGUGCAAGCCACGGUCAAGGAAUGGGAGGAGAAGUUGCAGCAGCAGAAGGCACAGUACGAGGCUGGCAGUGAGCGGCACCUGAAGCUGGUCGAUCGACUUCUCAAUGACAAGACAGAGCUCACGAGAAGAUGCGAACUCUUUUCUGACGAGCUCAAGGCCGUGGAGCGGAAGUAUCAAAUGAAGAUCGAGGAGAUGGAGGACCAUGCUGCAAAGGAGCUGGCCAAGAACAAGCAAAACUGGAUUGCGACGGAACGCUUGAAGCGGGAGGCAUGGGAAAAGGAUAAGGUAAAGGAAAUCAAGGACAUGACCGUGAAAGGCCUACAACCUGAAGUGGAGCGCAUCUUGGCCGAAAGAAAGCAGGAGAAGGUUCGCCUGGAGGAGCAGAAGACAGAGGCCCUGGAGGAGCAGAGGAGGGAGCUUCUUAGCUUGGCGCAGCAGCAACUCCAGGAACUUCGCGAGCAGAAGCAUCGCGAGACGGAAGCAGCGCUCGAUCGGGAGCGGGAAGCUCACCGGCAGAAGGUGCGUGACGAGUUCGAGCGGUUCAAUCGUGAGUUGCAGGAGGAGAGGACCAAAUGCGCCGCUGAUUUGCUGGCAGAGCGGCGGUUGCGUGAAGAGCUCAUCCGAGAGGCUGCCGAGGGCUCGGAGGUGAAAUUACGAGAAGCGCUUGCUGCAGAACGUGCGCGGCUUCAGUCAUCUCUGAACGAAGCAGAGGAGCGUCUCGCAGAAGCCAACCGCCAGCACCAGGACCAGCUUUCUCAGCUGGAAGCACGAUUGCGAGCUCAAGCAGAAGCCAACUACAAGGCGCAGAAAGACCAGGCACGCCUGGAAACGGAAGAACGCGAGGCGUCCCUGCGUAAAGAGCUGGCCGCUGAGCGUGAUCGCCAGUUGGAAGUCGUCAUGGAUCGCCUCAGCCGGGAACACGUGGAGCGGCAGCUGGCCAUGGAAACCGAAGCCAACAAGAAGUUGCAGGAAGCGCGCGCGGCAGCAGGAGAGGAGACCGCACGUGUAGCCAAGCAGCUGGAAGAAGCAAGGGCGGAGGCGAAGCUGGUUCAGCAGCAGAAGAAGCAGCUGGAGGAAAUGCUUUGCAGCAUGAAGGAUUGUCAGACGGCCUCCGCCGAGCGCCUUGCAGAAUGCCAGCAGAAAUGCAUGGACCUGGAAAGCGACCGCAAUGAGCUUCGGAGGGCUGCAGAUGAGGUCCUUCGUAAGCAUCAGAACGAGCUUCAACAGCUCGAAGACACUCGUGAAAAGGAGCUGCAAGACCUUCGACAAAGCUUGGGUGAAGCCAUGGCCCAAAUCAAGGAGGAGCAGGCGAAGCUGGAGGAAGUGAGCAAGGAGUCUCAGCGCCGUGAAGAACAGAUCAUUGCCGAUUUGGAGGCCAAAGUCAAGAGAACUUUGCAGGCCAAGGACGAGACCAUUGGCGAGCUUCGCAAAAGGUGUACGGCACUGGACAACAAGGUUUCCGAAUUCGGGUAUCUGCUGGAGAGGCAGCGCGAAGAGCUCCUCAGCGGUCUUCUGGGGGACAGUCAGCGCUGA